UAUUAACUGUUUCUUGUUACCUGCAACUGUCAGACAUGUUUUAUUUGUUGUUGUGGUUUUAGUUUUGACAGAAAUGCUAAAAUCAAAUUAAAUUUUGAAAAUCUGCUGAUGAAUUUGACAAAGUAAACUCUGCUACUAUAGCUAGACUCCGGGAAUUUUCUGUGCUUUUGUUAUUAGUUUGUAGGAAAAAAUGAGUUCGAAACCUCCAUUUCAUUAUGUGAAUGGAAGAAGGCAAUACAUGCAGAGAACUACUCCAGAAUCACCACAUCUUGAAGUUAUCAAAUAUAUUCAUGAUUCUUGGAAAAAUGUUUGCCGAGAAAUUGAAGUUACAAGAUCUUGUGCAGCUGAUGGGAAAGCUCCAAGUGUUGCUUAUUAUUCAAGUAAUUUGCCUGAUGAACAGUUACCCCGACCAGAUUUCAAGCCUUUUGAUUUGGAUGGAUUUUUAGAACAAAGGUCUUUGACCCUGCAAGCAAAUAAGCAAGCAGCUCCAUGAUGAAACAAGUUAAAUUAAAGAAGGCUGAUAUACCAUCUAUGUAUUGAUAGCAAUAUAUUUUUAAAACUUUAAGGAAUAAUGAAUAUUUCAUCUUUCCUUUUUGAUUGUCUUUCCUAAGAUUGGAAUUUCAAUCAUUUUAAUAUUGAAUUUGUUUUGUUGUUAAAAAUACUAUGUACAGGAAUUAUUUUGUACAGAACAUUAGCUACAUAUGAAGAAUUUAUAUUUGUUUUAUAAUUUAAAUGUAAUUUAUUUUGAUGGCAUUUUAAGAUCAAGGUUUUUCUUUACAGUUUGAAAGUUCAAAUUUAAAACAGUUGCCAGCAAUAAUAUUUAAAAGUACAAUUUUUUUUUUGAUGCGUUAUUUAUAUUUGCUCUUACACUGUACAAAAGAAGACACCAGGACUUGUAUUCUUCCUGAAGGGUAAAAUUAUAUUGUCUAUACGUUUGUACUUUUCAUUUGAAUAAAUGUAUAUUGUGUUCUG